AUGUCUCGCAAGAUAUUUAGCUCGCGCCUAGAGGCGUCAUCCUGCCACGCACCCGGUGGCGGCUCAGCGUACGCGGCCCGGCGGGAAAGCCUUGUAAAGAAGCUCAUCAAGCAAGGGUAUGAUGAGGCCACCAUGAUCGAGCAUGGAGUGACAUGGGCAGACGACCAAGAUCCAUUUGGCCACAUCAUGAACGCGGGAUUCUCGCACUUUGCAUCCACAUGCAGCUUUCGCAUGUUCGAGAGCUUUGAGGCGCAGCUUGGCGAUAAGGUGGACGAACUGCUGAAUGCGACAGGGAUUGGGGUCAUCGUGAAGCAGUUGACGGUCAACAUCAAAAGGCCCGUAUCUUAUCCAGACUCGUCUGCUAUCCUGUCGCACGACCCGAUCGCUAGUCGCUACUUCAUCACGGCCACCAUGUGGUCGCUUCAGCAGCAGGCACCCGCGGCCGAGUCUUCGGGAUGGGUGGUCUUCUUCGACUACCGCAAAGGGAAUAUUGCCAAUCUGAUGGAUAUUGGAGGUGUCUACAGAGACCUGCAUGAAGCGCUUGCAGUCAAGUGUCAGAAGAUGAAGGAGACGGCUGCGGCUUGGGAGAAGGCAAAUCCUCCAAAAAGGCAGUCAAAGCUCUGA